GUCUUGAGUCUUGAGUCUCGAGUCGUGAGUCGUGAGUGUCAUCACAUCGCGUCACGCGCUUCGCCUUGUCCAUGCAGACGACGGCCGCGCGCGCGCGCGUCCCGCACUUGUGACUUGAGCAAACGCCUCAACCUCUUUGUGACACUGCGGCCAUUGCGAUUGCCCAAGCGCGCUGCUCCAACGGAUUCGAGCUCCCGGCUGCUGCGCGCAAGGGGAUCGAGGACAUCGCAUAUUCCAGGAUCAUCAGUCUACAUGAAGCAUCGACGGUAGCAGCCGCGCGAGACCCGACACUUGACCGAUGCAAGGCGUUGGGGGAAUCAGCAGCGUAGCAGCAAGACUUCUCGCCGCGUCGCUCGAUCAGCAUCACAUUCAAGAAUGGCUGCGCGCCCUCGUCUGUCAACGCGGAAACAUCGCCUGAUGCGAGAUGUCGAUCUCGCUCAGGAAGAAGCGCCGAUACGCAAGGGCAGUGCACACAGCGCACAACCGUCAUCGGAUGCUCAUUCCAGCUUGAGGAGCGCUACAACUCACGCUGGCAGUAGCAGCGCAUACAGACCAGCCUCGCUCAGCGAGUUCGCACCGCCACCUCCCUCCACCUCAUCCUCCACCCUGGUCUCCUCUCACGAUCCGAUUCAGACCGCCCACCACUCGCCUCCUGCAUCUGACCUCACGUCAUCCGAUAUCGAGACUUCACCCACCUUGGGACCCGUCAAGCGCAAACGAUCCUUUGGCUCUACGGCUAGAGCUUUCGAAGAUGCCUUGGAUCGAGCGACACUGACCGGCGAUCCUGGCAAAUCCGCUUCCAGCCCACUCUCGCCAAGACAAAACAGGUUCAAAUUCGUUCCGCAAGCUUGCCCGCAGGACGUCCGGUGCUCCAUCUCGGAAAUCGAAGCUGGUCUAUGCGCUUGUGCUAUUCCGGCCACAGACUCGGGCGAGGGCAGUUCCCCGAACAGCGCCAACGAGGGCCUGGCAGGCUCGCACGCUAGGAGGCGGAGCGCUUCGAGGAACGGAGCGGUCAGUGAGCUGACAGCGGUUGGAGAGGUGGAGCCUGCAUGGGAUGCUCGAGAGAGGAGGAGAGCUCGAGAAGCCGCACACGCCAGCCGCAUCGGUGCAACCUCGUCCACGCUGAGCUCCAGCGAAGAGAGCACAGAGCUGAGGGCUGAGGCCGAAAGCAGCCGCCCACGCAUGGGGAGCGUCGGGCUGGUCGACCCUGCUGGCGAGCAGAGCCGUCAUCGUUCCGGUGGUUUGCGACGUGCCCCGCUGUCUCCCCGGUACGUGCAGCACAUUCUCGAGAGAACUGAGCCGGCCUCUCUUUCUAGCCCGCGGGGUCUGAGCUCCCUGGCAAAUUUGCAACCGGAUGGACCAAUCCCGAGCCCUUUUAAGCGACGAUCCUCACCCGAUCCUGCUGCUCGGCCAGCCAACCGGCCUAGCUCAGUUACUGCAGCACCACCAAGUGUUAGGGCCUCUGCGAGCACUUCUAGGAAUGCAGAGGAAGACCUGAACCCGGAGACAACGAGCUUGGCUCGUCAGAGCAUCAGGUCGGUUUUUGAGCAUAUGCUGGAGCUGGAGGCGGAAGCGUACAAGUCGAGCCGAGCGAGGAGGGCCGAGAGAGAAAACAGCAACCGGGUCUUGUCGAGCGAGAGGCGGGCCGAAGCCACGAAACGCUCAUCUUCUGAGCACAUGCGCGAAGCGCCUAUAAGACCCGUGCCCACUUCCGCCCGGUCGCCAAGUCUAGUCUCAGCACGUAGUGCAAGCGCCUCGACAAGCAGAAUACCGCAAAGCUCUGCUCGAAGGAGAAGAACGGAUGAGGACAGGCUUCGGAACUUGAGCGGCACGCAGCUGGAUCUUUCGAACAUGCCUUUCGGGAGCCACUCAAAUGGGGCCUCGCGCAAUAGACUUGCUCAUCAGCGAGAAAGAUCUCUCGAAGCCGUGACAUCUGAACUAUCGCAGCCUAUCAAGCCAAGUCGGCAUGAUCCUAGCCCCUCCAAAUCCCAUGGGUAUGCCGCCAGACUACGCGCUGCACAAGCUGAUUUGAGCAAUGGGGAGCCGAGCGGGAGCCGGGAUGCGCAGGCGCAUCCGCCAAAGCCUUCAGGCUCGUCGAUACCCACAAAAGGCGUACCAUCAGGAGCAGAAUUUGUCGUUGACGAGUCACAAGCAGCGGAAAGGCGCACAACAUCUAGUCGUGCUCGCUCUGCUUCCACAGGGACUCCGCAUUCGGCGACAGGUGAGGGGGAGAAAGUAUCAUCGCACGAAAUGCGCACCUCACUAUUGAAACGAAGCAUAAGUGGAAGUGAAGUGCCCACCCAUUCUUCGGCUCCGUCCUCCUUUCCUGCUACAGCUCGUAUAAGCAACUCGUCCUCCAGAGUGCGAUCCUUGGCUGCCGGUGAAGAGUUCGGGAGAAGCGCGAGCGGCAAUGCCGAGGGUGAAGCAGACGCGACGGUCUCUUCACGCAGUCUCACUGUGGAACAGCUAGAGGAAGAAGCCGAAGAAGCGGAUUUCGCCAUGCCUCCUCUUCCCGCUGACGGUCGUAUUGAGACUGCAAGUCGACCUGUUCGUGGGCCUGAUCAGUCCCUGUACGGCCAGAGAGAGGCCGACGAAGAGAGCACGCCAGCAGCGCCCACUACGCCAACACUUCACGUCACUGCUCCAAGCGCUGGGCUAAUGCAAGACUUUGUUUUUCCAUCGCCUACCACAUCUGAUCACGGCACUAGUCCGUUGAUCGGCUCUGGCACGGGAAACAACUCGCCCAUCUCUGGAAGUCCAAGGAGGGGCCAUCGCCGAGGAAGGGGUAGUCCAACUAUUAGCAUAUCUUCGCGAGCACCUGCAGAUGCUCAAACGAGGGCGGAAGUGGGAAGAGCGCUUGGCAGCCCGUUGUUGGAGGUGCCGCAACAGUGGGAUCGCAGCAGCGACUCGGAGGCUGCUCGUGGUGAUGAGCGUGGGCAAGAUGGGCCCGGGCCGACAAGGAAGCUCGAUGAAGAGCCAGAGAACGCUUCCGAGUCUCUUGCAGGGCGACGAAGGACUGUGCGAUUCAGUCCUCAGCCAGAGGUACACGAAACCACCCCGCUCUCUUCUCCAGAGCAACCUCAAAGGAGAGGCGGGCCUGCUUCCGACUUUGAAGGCAGGUUCGAUCUUUCGUCGAAGAAUGCGGCACAGGACAGCAGUCCGCCUGUCGUUGAUCUUGAACCUGCUGCCAGGGCUGCUGAGCCUCAUGGCUUUGACUUAUUAGGACAUGACCCUCGCUUUCCCGGCAUGUACGAGUCUCCCCUCAAAGAAGCUGGACGCGGGAAUUCCUCGCAGGGCUUAGUGCGGUCACAACUCGCACAACAGACACCACCGACCCGCAAAAUCAGAUCUCCGCCACCUCCACUUGGCUCCCGGACCGCGCAGUCUCUCUUUCCGACCACUCCGCGUCCACCGGGUGCGUUCAAGAUGAGCGUAGGAUCAAGCAGUGUUGGUGCUGCCCACGGGAUCGUACAAAGCAAUCAAGAUGCAGGCGCUGCUCGAGAGCCCUCAUUACGACGUUCCAUUGAUCGAUCUCACUCUUUAUCCGCACUCGCCGAGGAAGAUGGUUCUCAGGAAGAAAUCGAUGACCUACAGCAGGACGUCGCAGCGGAUACCACACCAACUUCGGCGAUCAGCAACCCUCGCGAGUCAACGCCACCUAGACCUUCACGAGGGAUGAGCAUGUCGGUGAUCUCGUCUAUGGCGCGCAGCGCUGACGCGUCUAUUGCUUCGAUCGAAGCAAUUGCAGUGUCUUCCUCACGCGAUCUUUCUGCUGGAGAAGGAAAUACGGGCAGAAGCUUGCGAGAAGUCGCAGUCGAGGGUCUUGGAGCUACACUGGAGCAGCUUCAGCAGGUGCUCAAUGCAUCACUCGACGUGCCCAACAGGUCCCUCUUGGAGGCGCAGGUUGCUCAAGCACGCGCCAAAGUGCAAGAGCAACAGGAGGCGGAGGAGAAGGAAGCGAUCGGUGGAGACGACACAGCGGAAGAGAAGCUAGCCCUGGCACUGCGGAGACGUCAGAAGAGGGAAGAAGACGAAGCGGCGGAGAAGGCGGGAACGGAGCAGAUCGAGGCUCUUCGCAGUCGCCUGGGAAAGUACACGGAUAUCCUCGUCGCCACGCGCAACGAGUUCGGUGCCGUAUCGACGUUGGCGCCGGCUGCGACUACGUGGUUCGGCUUCAAAAAGCGGUCCGUCAUCAUGAUGCUGAGCGUGCACGUCGGACUCUACUAUGGACUGUUGUUGUUGAUCGACCAGAGCUACGAGUACCAUCUGCACGCCGCUAUCUACGACCCUUACUACACGGGUUUCUAUGCGACCGAAGCGUCAGCUUUCGUGCAGGAUGAAUCGGGAGUGUGGACGACGAUGGUCAUGGCUGCGAGCAGCGCCAUCUCUUCCCUUUCUUCCUUCACCCAACGAGCCGCACCCUCUCUCGUGCGUAACGCGCUCGGCCUCUGAGCGAUAGGUCUGAGCUGCACUGGUACAACUGACAGCCAGACCGCAAACGCUGACCAACAUUCGCAAACACUGCCUCGUCUUCGGUCGAUCUUCGCAUUCCCCAUCUACUCUUCUGGCGAGGGCUUGAACAUCUGAAUUUUGUCGGUCCAAGUGUAUUAUAUCACAUAUCGUCAAUCAAAGCACCAGCGUAAUCGCCUGAGCCAAUACCUCGGCGCAAUUAGAAUCUGUCAGCAGC